AUGAGGAUUCUGGGUCCCCUUUACCUGUGGGCCCACCUGGGGCUGCUCCUGCACCUGGGGCUCUGCGGUGAGACCUGGGGGGAUGGGACAGGUGUGCCACCAGGUGAGGCCAUGCCACGCACAGGUGAGGCCCUGUCAGCCACAGGUGAGCCUGAGGAGGGCCAGGUGCGCCUGGCCGGAGGCCCGCACAGGUGCGCGGGGCGCGUCGAGGUGUUCCACGCAGGCAGGUGGGGCACGGUGUGCGACGACGCCUGGGACCUGGCGGACGCGCAGGUGACCUGCCGCCAGGUGCGCUGCGGCCCCGCCCUGGCGCUGGAGGGCUCAGGUGAGUUCGGGCCAGGUGAGGGCCCCAUCUGGCUCGAUGACGUCACCUGCGAGGGAUCGGAGGCGGCACUGGAGCUUUGCCCCGCCCACACCUGGGGACAGCACAACUGCCACCACGGGGAGGAUGCAGGUGUGGUGUGUGCAGGUAUUCUCAGGUGUGCACAGGAGUUCUCAGAUGUGCAGAGGUAUCCUCAGGUGUGCACAGGUGCUGAUCCCUUGCAUCCCCAGGUGCACCCUCAGGUGAACCCUCAGGUGAACGUCCAGGUGAACCCCCAGCUGGAUGAUCAGGUGAACCCCCAGGAGGACGCUCAGGAGCAGUUGAAGGUGCGGCUGGUGAACGGCUCCUCCAGGUGCAUGGGCAGGGUGGAGGUGCUGCACAAGCGCAGGUGGGGCUCGGUCUGCGACGACACCUGGGACAUGGCGGAUGCACAGGUGAUCUGCCGGUCCCUGGGCUGUGGCACCGCCCUGGCCGCACCUGGCCACGCCCGCUUCGGGCGGGGCCCAGACCCGAUCUGGCUGGACGGGACGCACUGCACAGGUGAGGAGCUCACCUUGGCCCAGUGCCACCUGCACACCUGGGGGGAUCACAACUGUGGCCACAGUGAGGACGCCGGUGUCGUGUGCUCAGGUACUGACCCCCCCCAGGUGCGGCUGCGGGGCGGCCCCAGGCCCUGCGCGGGGCAGGUGCAGGUGCUGCUGAACCACACCUGGCUGCAGGUGUGCGGCCUCACCUGGGGGCUGCCCGAGGCGCAGGUGCUGUGCAGGCAGCUGGGCUGCGGCCCCGCCCUCAGCGCACCUGUGGGGCCGCACCUGCCGGGGGAGCCGUACCUGGCCGGGCUCACCUGCGAUGGCUCCGAGCAUUUCCUGCUCGAGUGCCGCGGGCUCCAGGCAGGUACCUGCGCCACAGGUGGGGCCGCCGCCGUGGCCUGCGCCGAGCUGCCAGCCCUGCCCGACUCCUGCGCUCUGCUGGAAGCGCUGCUGGGGGUGGGGGCGGGGCUCUGUGGGGCCCUGCUGGGACUUUACCUGUGCGCCAGGUGUGCCCCCGCCCGCCUGGGCAGGCACCGCACAGGUGAGCCCCUGCUGCCGGAGGAGCCCCCCGAGCUCACCUGA